AUGACGACUACAACAACAAGUAGCAGUAGCAACACAGGUGCAGAUAGUGGGCGCAAGUAUAGGAUAGCAAUGAUAUCAGACUUCUUCUAUCCUAAUAUGGGUGGAGUGGAAGAGCAUUUAUAUCAACUGUCACAAUGUCUUAUCAAACGAGGCAACAAAGUGAUCAUCAUCACACAUAACUAUGGCAAUCGAUUCGGUGUUCGCUACCUCACCAACGGCCUCAAAGUCUACUACACGCCACAGGCACCAUUCUACAACCAGAACUCCUUCCCCACACUCUUCUUCACCUUUCCUCUCUUCCGUCAGAUAUUGAUACGUGAGAGAAUAGAGAUAGUACAUUGUCAUCAAGCAUUCUCCACACUUGCUCACGAGAGUAUACUACAUGGAAGAACUAUGGGAUAUAGUACAUGCUUUACAGAUCACUCUUUGUUUGGUUUCGCAGAUGCAUCAUCGAUUCAUAUGAACAAACUACUCAAGUUCUCGCUGUCAGAUAUCUCUCACGUCAUAUGUGUAUCAAACACAAGCAAAGAGAAUACAGUGCUACGAGCACAGCUUGAUCCUCACCUUGUAUCAGUCAUCCCCAAUGCAGUCGAUACCACUCAGUUCACGCCCGAUCCAUCAAAGAGAGAUCCAAACAAGAUCACUAUUGUAAUCAUGAGUCGACUAGUAUAUAGAAAGGGCAUUGAUCUGAUCAUUGAUAUCAUUCCAAACAUAUGUAAGAGGUUCCCAAAUGCACACUUCAUCAUUGGUGGCGACGGACCAAAGCGUGUGUCACUAGAGGAGAUGCGAGAGAAGCAUCAAUUGCACGACAGAGUGGAGUUACUUGGCAGUGUCAAGCAUUCAAACGUCAGGAAUGUGUUGGUACGUGGCGACAUCUUCCUCAACUCAUCACUCACUGAAGCCUUCUGCAUUGCCAUCGUCGAGGCGGCCAGCUGCGGCCUCUACGUCGUCAGCACAAAGGUCGGUGGUGUUCCCGAGGUGCUGCCGCCCCACAUGAUCUCACUGGCGCAGCCCAAGUCCGAGGAUCUCGAAGAGAAACUGACACACGCCAUCCUCAACCUCAAACCAAUGCUGUUGGAGACUCAUGAGGAGGUUCGUUCGAUGUAUGACUGGAAUGACGUGGCGCGCAGAACCGAGGCCGUCUACGAGGUCAUCUCACUGGCACCCAAGGUUCCAUUCAUCGAGCGUCUGCGUCGAUUCGUUGGAUGUGGACUAUGGGCUGGCAAACUGAACUGCAUGGUCGUGGCCUUUGACAACCUGUUGUUCCGCUUCCUCGAAUGGUACAUGCCUCGCGAGGACAUUGAUGAGGCAAUAGAUUUCCCCUAUCAAGGUGAACUUGUUGGAUACAAAUAG